AUGCCCACCACCCGUGCCCCUACGCGCCUGUCCAACCCUGCCCACACCACCAACAUCAGCAACGUCAUGCUCGACGAACGAGGCUUCAACUGGGGACCCUGGACAAUCUCCGAAAGGCGUGUCGUCUACGAGUAUCUGAACAGCUGGAUCUCAGAACACGGUCUAGACGCCUUUGUGUCCAAGACAUGGACGCAGAGCGAGCUCGAGUUUGUGGCGGACACGAUCAACCAAGUGAAUGCCGCGGAUGGAGAAGAGAAUGCGCCGCGGUCGGUGCUUGGGGUUCAGCGGCAGAUUCGCCAACUGCAUAGAGGUAGACUGGGGCCGCUUGCGAAGCUGGCGAGGCGCUCUGGAGCGCUCAAAUUCAAACUUGAGGGCGAGGGCGAGGGCGAGUUGGACCAUGUGGUAUUGCACAAAGAGCGGUUCCCGAACAUGGCCGUCCCUGUACCGACGCUCGUGGACGGGACGUACGUGGUUGGAGAUCAAGGGUCUGUUUCUGUGCGAACCGUUCAGGGGGAAAUCUCCUCGGUCAAGGAUAGCAACGUUGCGAGAGAAGGCAAGGGAGCUCGUGAAGAGGUCGGUAGCGAGAUGGGUGCAUCCGAAGCAACAACUGCGCAGACAGAGAAGGAGGAGAUGGUUGUCAAGCUGUCGGUGGAUUGGGCGCGGCUGUACGUUCAAAAGGAUGGGGAAAUGGUGAUCCAGGAAGAAGGGGAAGUCUGUGAGAUGCCACCAACUUCUUAG